AUGACUCCCUAUUGUUUCUACCCGGGAAAUAUUUUUGAGGAGCAGCGCAGGCUCGACCCGACACGAGCUCGUCCCUCUAUAGUUGAAGGGCAGGAUUGGAGGAACGUUUUACCGACGCGAUCCACAUUUGAGUCGGUGACAAGGCUGCUGAAGAGAAGCAAGGCGACUGGGGUUACGUUCAUAAUCCCGUCGAAGGACCAACGACUGUGGUCUCCCCCGAAGGGAUAUCAAUGCGUAUACGAGUCGUACUUCGAGAAUGACACGAAGUUGUGGUUUCCGAUACCUCGACUCGUCACCGCCUAUACAAUGCGCCGAGGAGUUGCUCUGAGCCAGUUCUUAAAUGGCGCUUGGCGCCUAGCAGUUGCACUGAUGGUGAUUGGGGCAGAGGCCGGUGCCGCUCUCAGUGUCCGAGCAUUCGAGGAGCUGGUUUCGGUGAAGAUCAAUCGGGGCCUGUUGUCGCUAAAGAUACGUCCCAACUACAAUGUGGUAACGGGCUAUCCGACCAAGACGAACGACUGGCAGCGAUCGUACUUUUACGUUAAGUCCGAUCGCUCGGCUUUCGAGGAGCCGCUGAAGACCGGUUAUCGUGUUCUUUGGAACAAUGAAUUUGUUCCUCACUCGAAUACCGCGGAGUACGAGGAAGAUUUUUUGGAGAGUGCUCGGAUCGUUGCGUCUCAGAGGCAAGAUCUUUGGGAGAACUUCUCGUACAGGAGGAUUCGCAGGGAUCCUAAGUUGCCUUCUUUCGUCCUUGCAGAGGUUUGGCGUUCGGAUACUGUUCCGAUUAUCACCAAGAAAUCGAAAAGAAUCAACCUGUUCAACAAAGCCGAGCAGACGGAGAUCAAUCGGGCCAGAGUUAUGAGGGAAUUGCCGGAUUUAAGCUUGGUGGUUGGGAAGCAACUUGGGUUUGUGGAGCCGGACCAAAACUCCAACGCGAACUCGCCUGAUCUCGAGGAGCCUAAUGCGACUGAGUCAGAUGAGGCUCAGCUCAUGAGGAAAACGGGGAACAAGAGAAAAGAGAGGGAAGGCGCUUCUCCCGAGGAGACUUCCACUGGUGGGGAGGAGCUCCAAGCCUUGGAGCCUAGUGGCGGUUCUCGAGACGACGCUCUCCCGAAUCCAUCUCUCGUUGGUGGUCAAGCGGGUGAUCAUCAAGAGACUUCUUCUAAAGCGAAGAAGAAGUCGAAAAAGAACAAGAAGAAGAAUACCGGCGGGUCCUCGGGGCAGGAGGGGGCACCCAAUUCGGAGAAGGAAACCGUGGAAGCUCCGACUGCUACCGUUUCUCUCCCAAAGGCAGCGGUUCGCAAAGAUGCCGGGGGAUCGAGCAGGUCCGCUCCGAAGGCUCAGGAGAAGGAGGCUGUGCCGAAGGACCUUCAGGGGUUUUGUCCGGACAAAGUCGACUUCAUCUUUAAGCGGGAUACUCCUCUCGUUUGUAACGAGAGAGACUGCGCUCGCUUUGUCCGCCAAGUCCGGGGGAGCAGAGAGCAUCUCCCACUCGUCAAGGACCUUGUCUACCAAGACGAUUACACCGUUGCCGCCGGUUCCUCGGUUAAGAGCCUAGGGUAUUGGAAUGAGGUCGUCCGCAAGUACGAUAAGGAACUGAAGAGGACCUAUGACGUGAUCGGUAGGCAGCGGCGCAACACUAAAGAAGCGACGGUCGCCUUAGAAGUCAUGCUUCGCAAGAAGGACGAAGCGGUUAUCCGGGAAGAGGCCAUGAGGGACGAGCUUUCCCAGAAAGAGGCGGCUAUGAACAAGGAGCUGAAGCGAGCCCGGGAAUUGGUUAAGGCGCUUGAGAAAGAGAAAACCAAGCUGGCAAACGAGAAGAAGAUCCUCGAGGAAGAGAAGGCUGAUGCCGCCUUGGAGCAUUCCAGAGAGAUGGAUCGUCUCCGAGAGUCGCGCCGCUAUGAGGUUACUCACGAGCGGAUCCGAGUAAUGGCGGCGAUGCACGGAAAGGCUGCCGCUCGAUUCCAGAGGAUUCGGGACCGGGAGUCCCGUCGCGACAACUUCGAGGAUGCGAGAUGUAUGCUCGGCCAGGCUCGGGGGAUGAGACGCUGCCUUGAAGGGAUGAAAGCAGCAGGUAAAAACAUCUCUCAGGGAGAUAUUGAUAUCUACGCCGGGCAAGAGAAGCAUUAUGACGCGGAGGUGAAGCGUUUGAUCGUAGAUGAUCUUCUUGAGAAGGACCUCUCUUUGUCUCCUCUCGUGCUCGAGUCGAGGUUCGUCGUCCAGGAGAUAUUGGGUAAAGUCGACAAGUACGGGUCGAACAUGGACUUGCUCGACUCUGAGGCUGCCAAGGCUCUUCGCACUCCUCUCAGGGAACCAGGAGAUCAAUCUGAAGAACCAUCGAAGAGCCUUCUCGAAACCGUCCAGUCGCCAGCUCAUCCUGAUGCCGUUCUCCCGGAUCGAGAAGCCGUCCCGAAGGAUUCUUCUGUGGUUGCUGAAGAGACAACCAUGUCAACUCCCGAUGAACCGAUCUCCAACACACCGAUCAAGACGGUUGAUAUCUCCGACUCGCCGUCAUUCGAGGAGGCAGACUCUGGCGCGAGUGAAGGACAUCUCGAGGAGGCAAACUCUGAUGCGAGUGAAGAGCGUCCUGAGGAGGACCCUCCCGUCUCGGGAUGA